AUGGCCUUCCUGCGACGGUUCGGCAGCGUGUUCGCCUUGUUGAUGGUGAUGGUUAUGGUAUCACUGGCCCAGUCGACAAUGGCCCCUCUCCGGAACAUCAUGUAUCUGACUGGCCAGCACCCCGUUGUCCCAGACGUCGGCCUCAGCGCGUCCAUCACACAUGUCAUCUUGGCCUUCAUGCAAUCCAGCGUGUUCAAUGAGGACACGCCGGAUCGUAGCUGGCCUAUAUUCAUGUCUGUUGCCGAGACGCGGUCAAAGUUCGCACCUAGCACCAAGGUAAUGGUUGCUGUUGGAGGCUGGGGCGAUACGCAAGGGUUUGGUGUUGCAGCCCGAACUGCUGAGAGCCGCCUGCGGUUUGCGCGCAAUAUUGCCAGAAUGCUAAACGAUACUGGAGCGGAUGGUGUUGAUAUCGAUUGGGAAUACCCAGGCGGCAACGGUGAGGACUACAAACAGCACCCCAACUCGGAGCGCGUGUGGGAGAUUGACGCAUACCCUCUGCUGCUAUCAGAGAUGCGCACCGCUAUCGGCCCCGGGAAACUUCUGUCAGCUGCCGUGCCAGGUCUUACGCGAGAUAUGCUGGCAUUUACGCCCGAGACGGAACCCUCCAUCAUGGCUUCGGUCGACUUCCUCAAUGUCAUGACGUAUGAUCUGAUGAACCGGCGCGAUAUUGUGACCAAGCAUCAUACUGGAGUCCAGCUGUCGCUGGAAGCCAUCGACCAGUACAUCAAGAAUGGAGCACCUGCUGAGAAGCUGAACCUGGGAUUCGCCUUCUACGUCAAAUAUUUCCGUAUCUCUCGCGAGCACCAGGGCCAGUGUGCAACGAGACCCGUUGGAUGUGCCACUGGUCUGAUGGAGGACCCUGAGACUGGAGGAGAUCUCGGCAAAACCGGUGGUUUCAGUUGGCAUGACGAUGUACCCGGAGACGUCAAGGAGUCAUUUGCGAAGGCUCUCGCGGGCGGGUCGUAUGAUGAUAAUGGUGGGGGCUACUACUUCUAUGAUAACAAGGAGGGCAUUUGGUGGACGUUUGACACCCCGACUGCGAUUGUCAGCAAGUUUCCGUCGAUUGUGAGGACCAAGCAUCUCGGUGGUGUGUUCGCUUGGGGUCUUGGAGAGGAUGCUCCUGAAUUCCGUCACCUGCGGGCUGUCAACCGGGGUCUUCAAACGUUAGGGGUAGAGAGAGAUGAGCUCUAG